AUGGCGAUCAUGACGGAGCUACUUCGACUCAUUUUGCGCAGCCCUUUUCCAAUCGAUGUGAUUUUCAACUUCAAUGGUGGUGAAGAAGUGCUGAUGCCUGCCGCACAUGGAUUUGUGACCAGCCACCCUUGGGCCUCAUCGAUUUGUGCCCAAAUCAACUUGGAAGCCGCAGGCUCCGGAGGUCGAGAACUGCUCUUUCAAGCUGGGCCGUCGAACCGGUGGAUCGCUGAAGCCUACAAGAGUCACGUGUCGCGACCUUAUGGGUCAUCCAUCACGCAGGCCUUGUUUCACACGGGCCUCAUACCGGGGGAGACGGAUUUCCGCAUCUAUCGUGACUUCGGGGAUAUCCCGGGCGCGGAUUUCGCAGUGCUCACCAACGGCUGGGUCUAUCACACCUGGAGGGAUGACUUGGGCCAUUUGGACUUCCGCUCGGUGCAGCGCUAUGGGGAGACCGUCUUCGAGUUCGCCACGGGCUUGGCCAAGAAGUUGAAGGAAGGCCGUCCCCAUGGUGCGGAGGUGGCCGAUGCCGCGGUGUUCUUCGAUGUCGGGGGCCUCUUCUUCGUCGAGUACGCCGCCGCCAAAGCGCAGCAGCUUCACGUGGCGGUCGGCUCGGUGGCGGUCUCUGGCCUGCUCUGGUUUGGCGGUUGGCGGGUGUUGCUGGCUGCGGCGAAACUUCUUCUUUGUGCUUUGGCUUCUACUACUUUGGCCCUACUCUCUGGGAUCCUGGUGGCUUCCACCCCAGCGGCUAUGGUGGCAGCUGGGCACCCGGAGCUGGGAGCCUUGCUUUUCGUGCCGCCCACAGUGAUUGGAUUUCUGGGAUGUUUUCAAUUUUUGAGGGUGGAAGAGGUGGAGAGAGGAUCCAUCGCGUUGGCUUCCAUCCUUAGCUUAGUUUUGUCUUCCAGCCCAGUCACCGUGAUGGCAUCUUAUCCCUUUUUCCUUUGGUCAGCAUUGCCAGCGCUGGCAAUGGCACUCAAAGCUGUGAUACCGCUGGCUUCAGCUCCGCUUGCUGUUGGCUCCUAUGUGCUGCCAUGGAUGUUGUCCAUUCAGAUGCUGGUCUUGGGCGUGGACUUCUUGGGGCCUUUGACCUUCCGCAGCGGGACCACCAUACCUGGAGAUCUGGUGAUUGCUGCGCUCUAUGGUUUGUUGGGUGGGCUGAUGUUGGCCUUGUCGGCAGAGUUCACCACACAUCUCCGCCAUCGAGAUGUGAUGUUGGCGUCUAGCGGGAUCUUCCUCUUCAGUCUUCUGCUGGCCUUCAUGCUUUUCCCCUACAGCUAUGACCGCCCCAAGCGAGUCUUCCAACAGCACGUGGCGCGGUCAGAGGCCUCCUGGAACCUGCAGACUGGGGAGGUUCGAUGGCAAGAGAUGGAGCAUGGCCUGUGGACCAUUGCCAUGGAUUGGAACAACGUCGGCACUCUGAAGACGUUUGCACCAUAUGGGCUUCCUGCAGAGUCUAGACCACACAAUGACUCUGCGGGUAUCUAUGGGCAGGUGCCGAUGCCUUUUCCCAUGAAAGCCUUCCUGAUGGGUGGAAGUUGGUCCCCUCGACGAGCACCAGACCUACCCAGCCGCCUUUCUUUGGACCUCCGCGCUGGAGAAGUGCAACGCUCCCAUUAUCGGAGCUUGCAUGUUUCAGUGCGGGGAGGGCCUCAGAUGAUGAUGGUGCUGGCGCCAGCCUCCAGGGUGCAACAGUGGUCCUUCGGGCGCUAUGAAAGAAGUGCUGAUCAUAGAGAUGCAAAGCACAGCACUGAUCCAGCGAAUCUUCCACUGGGGCUCCCACGGAAGCGGAGCGACUGUGACUGUUUCUUUCUGCUCUAUGCUGAAGGCGGAAUUGAGCCCAGCGAAGGUAGCAGCGAAGCCUUUAACUUCACCGUGCUGGUGGAAGCGGGGACUGAGAUGCAUUUGGACCUUUGGGCUUUGCACUUGGAGAGCUCCAGCGACCACCUGCGCCACGAAGAGCGACGUGUGCCCAGCUGGGUGAGCCACUUCGGAUGGGUCUCGGAGCUCCAGGUGCAUCACAUUUCCCUUUGA